GUUUUGACCUGCAAGUACGGAACAAUUUCUGGCGUAAUGGGGGACGCAUCCGUCGAAUAAUAGGGAGAGUAAUGCGGUCCACAUUUAGUUUAACUAGAGCACAGCUACUUAUCAAGUACGUAUGUGUUUAUCAUGAAAGGGUUUAGAAGAAACAUACGAUACUUGUGUAAAAUAUUUCACCCGGAAAAGCUAACAGCAUUAAUUUUCCGACGAAAUUACUCACGAGUGUAAAGUAGGGAAUAUCCCAGUUAUGGCGGAAGUGGUGGAUGAAAGUGUUUUUAUGGCGGUCGAUCAGGGUGAGAAAAUUAUCACCAGUGUUGGGGUCGCUGAAAUAGGGACGGCAAUGCAAAAAUUUGGAUGGCCAGAUUACUUGGUUUUCGUCUUAAUGUUGAUGAUAUGUGUCAUUAUCGGAUUCUAUUUUGGAUUCAUUAGAUCUUCGGAAAACGAGCAAGAUUACUUAAUGGGCGGCCGAAAUAUGAAGGUAUUUCCAGUGGCCAUGUCCUUGAUUGCCAGUUUCAUCAGUGGAAUAUCACUAUUGGGCAUCCCGACGGAAAUAUACGUAUACGGAAUCCAAUAUCUGUACAUAUCAGGUGGUGUGAUUUUAAUGGCUGUAAUCUUCCAAACCAUUUACCUACCAGUUUUCCACAAUCUUCAAAUCACUUCCACUUAUGAGUACUUGGAGAGGAGAUUUGACAAAAAAAUUCGAUUGUUCGGUUCACUUCUCUUCAGCGUAGGGAUUAUCACGUGGCUUCCGAUUGUAAUUUACGUUCCUGCUCUGGCGUUUAACCAAGUAACCGGUGUCAACGUCCAUUUGAUAACUCCCAUCGUUUGCGCAAUAUGCAUCUUCUACACCACUAUGGGUGGCUUGAAGGCAGUCGUUUGGACGGACGUGAUUCAAACAAUAAUAAUGUUGGGCGCAAUGCUGUUAAUAGCAAUUAAGGGUAGCUACGAUGUUGGGGGUUUGAUGGUAGUUUUGGAAAGGAAUUGGUAUAGCGAACGCAUUGAAAGGCCAAAUUUUGAUUUAGAUCCCCUCUGUCGACAUACCGUUUGGUCACUAGUGCUGGGUGGCGCAAUCUACUACCUUCAGUGCAGCGCAGUUAAUCAGAAUAUGCUCCAAAGAUACUUAGCGCUGCCAACCUUUAAAUCAGCACGAAGGGCUCUAUGGUGCUUCGUACUGGGCAUCUUCGCCUUCCUCAUUUUGUGUGGCUACAGCGGCUUGCUUAUUUUUGCGACUUAUCACAAAUGUGAUCCAUUAACAACUAUGUUAGCCAGGGAAAAGGAUCAACUGCUACCCGUUUUGGUGAUGGAAGUUCUGGGAGACUAUCCCGGUUUACCUGGAUUAUUUGUAGCUGGAGUCUUUAGUGCAGCUCUAAGUUCCUUAUCAACUGGUCUCAACUCCAUGGCGGCGGUUGUCUUAGAAGAUUUUUGUAAACCACUUUUUGUUGAAAAAUUAACCGAAAGGAACGUAAACAUACUCAUGAAAAGCACCAUUGUGAUUUUAGGAGCAAUUUGCGUUGCUCUUGUUUUUGUCGUUGAAAAAUUGGGAGCGGUGUUACAGUUAACGAUCAGUAUUGGUGCCAUCACAGGAGGACCUUCCCUGGCAUUAUUUGGAAUGGGAGUCCUUUUACCGUGGAUAUCCCCAAAGGGUGCCAUGAUCGGCGGGAUAUCAGGUUUGGCGUUCAUGUCAUGGUUAUGCAUUACUGCACAAACGGCAAUUGCAUCAGGCGACUUGCACUUUCCCGAAAAAACGGUUAGCACCGAUGGCUGUCACUAUCACUUUACUCCUAAAGCAUCAAAACCAAUCCUCUUAAGGCUGGAUCAAACUUCCAAUAUCACUGACAUCAUGCAUACUGAUGAAACUUUUAUGCUGUACAGAUUAUCAUACCUAUGGUAUACACUGGUUGGUUUUUCAUUCUCCAUGAUUGUAGGAUUACUAGCAAGCUUUGCUACAAAAGCUCUGGACCCUCGAGACGUAGAUUCGGUUCUGAUCGCACCAUUCGUAAGACGCCUAAUUCCACCACGUCUUUACCCAAACCAGCCAACAUCUGAUGGAAUUAUAUAUGCGUUUGAAGUGAAUACAAUUCGUACUUUGGACCCCACCGAGGAGGAUUCCCAGCAAGUAAAAGGGCGUGAUGGAAAACAUUAACCGUUUUAGUUAGUUUCUUUUGUAUCUAUAAUGUUAUAUAAAGGCAAUUUAGAAAAUUUGAGGCUGAAUGUAACUACCUUGACUAGCAUGUCUGUCGGCUCAAAGUGUGGUAAUGGCAGAAAUUUGGGCCAUUAAUCUUCAAUUUAUUUCAGUUUAUGUAAAUAGUUUAAGAUUAAGGAUCGGUAAUAUAUAAAUUUGUAAAUUCCCUGUUUUUAAAA